UACGCGAAGGGGCGUGGCUUGAUAUGUAAAUGUAUUCCAAUCUGUUGUGGUAACUCCGGAGGAGUCUGCGGUUCGGCAAUAACGGAUCCCUGAGCCCCAGAACACCGGAGCCAUGAGGGCCGUGCCCACCUGGGUGGAUAAAGUGCAUGACAGGGACAAGGUGGAGCAGUGUAUCUAUGACCUUGCAUUUAAGCCAGACGGGACUCAGCUAAUUGUGGCAGCAGGGAACAAAGUCCUGGUAUACGACACAUCAGAUGGGACCUUACUGCAGCCACUAAAGGGACAUAAGGAUAUGGUAUAUUGUGUGGCGUAUGCUAAGGAUGGUAAAAGAUUUGCCUCAGGAUCUGCCGAUAAAAGUGUCAUUAUUUGGACAUCUAAAUUGGAAGGGAUUUUGAAAUACACGCACAACGAUUCCAUCCAGUGUGUCUCUUACAACCCAGUCACCCACCAGCUGGCGUCCUGCUCCUCCAGUGACGUAGGUCUGUGGUCACCGGAGCAGAAGUCGGUCACCAAACACAAAGUGAACAGUAAGAUUACGUGCUGCAGCUGGACAAAUGACGGCCAGUAUCUUGCGGUGGGGAUGUUUAAUGGGGUGAUAAGCAUCAGGAACAAGAACGGAGAGGAGAAAGUGAAGAUUGAGCGGCCAGGAGGAAACCUGUCACCAAUAUGGUCCAUUUGCUGGAAUCCUUCCAAGGACGAGCAUAAUGAUAUCCUGGCUGUGGCAGACUGGGGACAGAAGUUAUCCUUUUAUCAGCUCAGCGGCAAACAGAUUGGGAAGGACAGGUCUCUGGGCUGUGACCCUUGCUGUGUCAGCUACUUCUCCAAAGGUGAAUACAUCGUCCUGAGUGGCUCUGACAAACAGGUGUCUCUGUUCACGAAAGACGGCGUGCGACUGGGAACCAUCGGAGAACAGAACUCCUGGGUGUGGACGUGCAGAGUUAAACCCGACUCAAACUACGUGGUCAUUGGGUGUCAGGACGGAACUCUCGCUUUCUACCAGCUGAUCUUCAGCACCGUACAUGGACUGUACAAGGACAGAUACGCCUUCAGGGACUGCAUGACAGACGUCAUAGUCCAGCACCUUAUUACCGAGCAGAAAGUGAGAAUUAAGUGCCGGGAGCUGGUGAAGAAGAUUGCAAUCUACAAGAACAGGCUGGCCAUUCAGAUGCCAGAGAAGAUCCUGAUAUAUGAGCUGUAUUCUGAAGACGCUGCUGACAUGCACUACCGCGUCAAGGAGAAAAUUGUCAAAAAGUUUGAAUGUAACCUACUGGUGGUGUGCUCACAUCACGUUAUACUGUGCCAGGAGAAGCGCUUGCAGUGCUUGUCCUUUAAAGGCGUGAAGGAGCGGGAAUGGCUGAUGGAGUCUCUAAUACGGUACAUCAAGGUGAUUGGGGGCUCGUCUGGGAGAGAAGGCCUACUAGUGGGGCUGAAGAAUGGACAGAUCCUGAAGAUCUUCGUGGACAACCUCUUUUCCAUCACUUUGCUGAAACAGGCGACGUCUGUGCGGUGUUUGGACAUGAGCGCCAGCCGCAACAAGCUGGCCGUGGUGGAUGAGAACAACACGUGUCUUGUGUACGAUAUCACAACCAAGGACUUAUUAUUCCAGGAGCCCAAUGCUAACAGCGUGGCCUGGAACACGCAGUGCGAGGAAAUGCUGUGCUUCUCGGGAGGAGGAUACCUGAACAUCAAAGCCAGCAACUUCCCUGUGCACCAGCAGAAGCUCCAGGGCUUCGUGGUGGGAUACAACGGCUCCAAGAUAUUCUGCCUGCACGUCUACUCCAUGUCUUCCGUAGAUGUGCCCCAGUCGGCUCCAAUGUACCAGUACCUAGAGAAGAAAAUGUUCCGAGAGGCCUAUCAGAUCGCCUGCCUGGGGGUCACGGACCUGGACUGGAAGGAGCUGGCAAUGGAGGCCCUGGAAGGCCUGGACUUUGAGACCGCUAAGAAGGCUUUUAUACGAGUGCGAGAUCUCCGCUACCUGGAACUAAUCAACAGUAUAGAGGAGCGGAAAAAGCGCGGAGAUGCCAGUGAUGAUUUGUUCUUGGCCGAUGUGUAUACUUACCAGGGCAAGUUCCACGAAGCAGCCAAACUGUACAAGAAGGGCGGACAGGAGAACCGAGCUCUGGAUAUGUACACCGACCUGCGCAUGUUUGAGUAUGCUAAGGAUUUCUUGGCAACCGGGGACCCAAAAGAGACCAAGACUCUAAUCACCAAGCAGGCAGACUGGGCCCGAAAUAUCCGGGAGCCGAAGGCAGCAGCAGAGAUGUACCUAUCAGCUGGAGAGCACAUGAAGGCCAUUGAGCUGAGUGGGGACCACGGCUGGGUCGAGAUGCUGAUUGACAUAGCGCGGAAGCUGGACAAAGCAGAGAGGGAGCCGCUUCUAAAGUGCGCAUACUAUUUCCAGAAGCUGCAGCACCACGGCUACGCAGCCGAGACGUACAUGAAGAUCGGAGAUCUGCGGGCGCUGGUUCUGCUACAUGUGGAGACUCAGCAUUGGGAGGAGGCCUUUGCUCUGGCUGAGAAAUACCCGGAAUAUAAGGACGAGGUGUACGUUCCCUAUGCGCAGUGGCUGGCAGAGAAUGACCGCUUUGAGGAAGCCCAGAAGGCCUUCCACAAAGCUGGCCACCAGGAUGAGGCGGUCCGGGUGCUGGAGCAGCUUACCCAUAAUGCCGUGGUGGAGAGCAGGUUUAAUGACGCUGCCUAUUAUUACUGGAUGCUCUCCAUGCAGUGCCUGGAUAUUGCACAAGAAAAUGAGCAGAAACAGGAUGUCAUGUUACAGAAGUUCCACUACUUCCAGCAUCUGGCGCAGCUGUACCAUGCCUACCACUCCGUCCAGAGAUACACAGACGAACCGUUCAGCUCUCACUUGCCAGAGGCGCUAUUUAAUAUCGCCAGAUUUCUGCUGCACAGCCUGAACAAGGAGAGUCCGCUGGGCAUUUCCAAAGUGAACACUUUAUAUACAUUGGCGAAACAGAGCAAGGCGCUGGGCGCUUAUAAACUGGCCCGACACGUGUACGAGAGGCUCCAGGGCCUCCGGAUACCCAGCAAAUUCCAGGAGUCUAUUGAGCUGGGCAUGGUCACCAUCCGGUCUAAGCCUUUCCACGACAGCGAGGAGCUGGUCCCCAUGUGUUACAGAUGUUCCACUAACAAUCCAUUCCUCAACAACCUGGGAAACGUCUGCAUCAACUGCAGACAGCACUUCAUCUUCUCUGCGUCCUCGUAUGAUGUGCUGUCUCUGGUAGAGUUCUACCUGGAAGAAGGGAUUUCCGAUGAAGAGGCCAUGGCACUUAUUGACCUGGAAGCUCCCAGAAGCAACCCCAGUAGAGACAGAUGGCAGGAAAUGUCCUCUGCUGACACGCAAACUCUGAGGCUGGACGAUGAGGACGUGAUCAUGGACGGUGACCCGUUCUCUGCAAAGUUUAGCUUUGAGCAAGGGGGCUCCGAGUUUGUCCCCGUGGUUGUGUCUCGUUCAGUCCUGAGGUCAAUGAGUCGGAGGGACGUUAUGGUGAAGCGCUGGCCCAAGCCUCUGAAGUGGCAAUAUUACCGAUCCGUCCUUCCCGAUGUCUCCAUAACCAUGUGCCAGUCCUGUUUCCAGAUGUUCCACACCGAAGACUACGAGCUUCUGGUCCUACAGCACAACUGCUGCCCGUAUUGCCGGAAGCCUAUUGAGGAAGCCGGCCAGUGACGGCGGGGGCAGCCAGGGCUCACACAGCGGCACCAAAUACUGGGAGGAAUUUAAUUUUUUUGUAUAAAUUAUUAAAUCAUUUGUAAAAA